AUGGUGGUGCCCAAAAGACCUGGUGUUGUCCAACAAAGAACGCCGAGUUAUUCGGUCAGGGAGGGCGCGGAGAGCGCUCUGGUUGCCCUCGUCUCCGCGUGUCAACGACAGCUUCCUCCUGAAUUUGUCGAGCACUUGCGAAACGUUACCUUUAGUACGCCACUUGGGGACACAACAUUCUUCCCAUGUCCCCUGAAGGAACAGGAGGCCACUGCCUCCAUCAAAGCCCUCGAGGGCAUGGCCGCGGCCGCCAUCGCCGACUUGAGGUACGGGCAGGCUUCAAGAGAUAUAGAUGUUGACCUUGCGCGCACUGCUUGUUUCCUGAUAUCGGCUUAUUUAACUACCGUUGAUGGCAUGGACAAAGCCCAUCCAAAUGUCAAGUCGAAAAUACCAGACACCGACUUGAACCAGGCGCAGUCAAUUCUCUACCGGCGCCUAUCAGCCAACCUGUAUGAGACAAAAACUCCGGGAGAGUACUACCACCUUCAUGGAUCCCUCGAGGCUAGUAAGGCCCUCAACAUGAUAGGCCUCCCGGCCUUCAAACCUGACCUCCAAAGCUAUGGCGAGUGCAUCAAAACCAUCGAGACCGCAAUGAAGCGUUUCACGGUCGAGGAGCUUGAAGAGAUGAACUGUAAAGAAGGCCAAGCCGGCGUCCCCGUCCUCAAAAAGGAGCAAUUCCUCGAUACGCCACACGGCACAGCUCUACAAUCUCUUUCUCCUUUCACAAUAAAGCCGGCCGAAACGACCACCCCACCAGUUCCCUUUGAGUCUCAAAACAGCCAUCUCGGCCCCGAGCAGUGUCUCCGCGGAGUUCGCGUCCUCGAGCUCUGCCGAGUAAUAGCCGGCCCCACCAUCGGCCGCUCUCUCGCAGCCCACGGCGCCUCCGUUCUCAAAGUGACAUCCCCGCAACUUCCCGACGUCCCCUUUUUCCAGGUGGACGUCAACACCGGGAAGCACACCGCCUCACUGCAUCUUAAGGAUACCAAAGACCGUGAAACGUUCGAUGCUUUGCUUGCGAGCGCAGACGUUCUUCUUGAUGGCUAUCGCCCGGGUGUCAUUGACCGUCUAGGCUACGGUCCAGAUCAGCUCGCUGCCAUCGCUGCGAAACGCGGUAAGGGGUUUGUCUAUGUGGCGGAGGACUGCUUCGGAGGGACGGGACUCGGAGAGGGCAGGGCAGAAUGGGCCGGCCGUCCUGGUUGGCAACAGAUUGCGGACUGCGUCACAGGCGUGGCAUGGGAGCAGGGCCACUUCAUGGGCCUCGACGCGCCCGUCGUCCCGCCGUUCCCAAUGUCUGACUACGGCACGGGUGCACUGGGUGCCGUUGCUGCCAUGGCCGGGCUGUAUCGAAGGGCCACGGAGGGCGGGUCGUGGGUUUGCAGGACGAGCCUGUGUCAGUAUGAUGUCUUCCUGCUUUCGCUUGGGGCGUACUCGCCGGAGGUGCAGGCUAAGCUGCGCAAGUUGCAUGAUUCUGCGUUCUUUGACCUCAAGCAUCACGACUCGGUGGAUGAGGUUAGUAAGAGAGCCCUGAGGAGUGUGAAGAAGCUUCAUCCUGGGUUGUUUUCGAAGGACAUGAUGCACUCUGCAUAUAGCGAGGGGUUUGACGCCGAGUAUUGA